AUGUUGACUUGUACAUCUCGACUAGCACAAGAAAUGACGUCGUCGUCUCUGUCUCAGUCUCAGUCUCAGUCUCAGUCUCAGUCUCAGUCUCAGUCUCAGAUAAUGACGCCGCUUGCACUAUACGAUAAAAGAGUAGAACUUGGUAAAUUACGGGACGAUCCAUAUCAGAGGAAAAUCAUUGCGUCAUUAUCGAAAUUGCACCAACUGUUGUCUGACUAUAAGCCACCAAAAGUUACUAUACCCAGUGCUUCAGAGUUAUCGUCACAGUCACGGCCAAAAGGUUUUUUCAUUACUAAAGUGAUUUCCUCAUUUUUUGGUAAGGAUCGACAUAAUAAAGGAGGCAAUGUUGGUGAAGAAAUUGAUUUUGAAAAAGAUUUCUCCAACAAAAAUGGAGUCAGGGGGAUUUAUCUUUAUGGGGAUGUAGGAUGUGGGAAAACCAUGUUGAUGGACUUAUUUUACCAAACUAUUCCUUUGCAUUUACCCAAAAUGAGAGUACAUUUCCACCAGUUUAUGCAAAAAGUUCAUAAACGUACUCACCAAUUGAAAAUGCAACAUAAAACAGCUAGUGGACAUGAUGAUCUUGAUGUGAUACCUAUUUUAGCAUCUGAGAUUGCCAAUCUGGCUACUGUUUUAUGUUUCGAUGAGUUUCAGGUUACUGAUGUCGCGGACGCAAUGCUACUACGUCGAUUGUUGAUGUUAUUAUUGUCUCCAGAGUAUGGUGUAGUUUUGUUUGCCACUAGUAAUCGAGCACCAGAUGAUUUGUACUUGAAUGGGAUCCAACGUGUUACUUUUAUUCCUUGUAUACAAUUGAUCAAACACAAGUGCCGCGUAAUUUAUUUGAACUCGCCUACUGACUAUAGAAAAAUUCCCAAACCAAUGAGUUCGGUUUAUUAUUUCCCAAAGCCCGGUGUCAAAUGGUUAAGCAAGGUUAAUCAACUGAAUUGUGCAAAGCACGUUGCUUCAUGGUAUGAAUAUUUCAAUCAGGGAAAUACCCAAGAGGAAAAAUUGACUGAUUAUUCAUUGGAUGUUUGGGGGAGAAAGAUUCAUGUUCCCUUGUGUUCACCGCCAAAUGUUGCACAAUUUACAUUUUUCCAACUAUGUGGUACGCCAAUGGCUGCAGGAGACUAUUUAACCUUGGCAGAACACUUUAAUUCGUUUAUCAUCACUGAUAUUCCGUUUCUUUCAAUCAAUGAGCGUAAUCAAAUAAGGAGAUUCAUUACGUUUUUAGAUGCAGUUUAUGAUUCUCAUGGGAAACUAGCUGUAACCUCGGCGGCGCCGUUUAAGGAUUUAUUUGUUGAGCCUGAACAAUUAUCUGCAUCUGGUGAUCACUAUAGUUUAUAUAAGAGAGAAAAGGAAAUGGGGGGUAAAGAGGAUACAUUUGAAGAUGAUGAUCUAGUGACCAAACAUGGCUUUGAUAAACUGAUUGCUAAAAAGGCUAGUUUAUUUGUUGCUACUGACGAGGAGAAGUUUGCAUUUGCAAGAGCUUUGAGCAGAUUGCUGCAGAUGAGCAGUACUGAGUGGAUAGAAGAUGAUUAA